AUGUUCGGCAUUCGCAGCAUUCGCACGCAAUUCCGUGCCCCGGCGUCACUGUGCGCACGUCCAUCUGUGGCACUGCGCAUGCUCAACACGCCGACGAUUCCGUCCAUGGAAACGUUCCGCGCUGAGCAAGCCAAGCGUCGCCAGGAAAUCGACGCCGCAGUCGAUGCCGUCGCUGCGCUCGGGUAUCCGGCCCAGAGCGUCCUCCAGCAGAAUGUAGCAUGGGGCGAGAUAGAUCAGUUCCGGCAUGUAAACAACAUGCAUUAUAUCCGCUGGUUCGAGAGCGGUCGCAUGCACUGGCUUGAGUGCGCGAAAAGCACCCUGUCGCCGAAACUGUACUCAGACAUUGCCACUGGUGCGGGCGUCGGCUUCAUUCUCGCAACCAACUAUUGCCGCUACAAGCGUCCUGUGAACUACCCUGAUACGGUGCUUGUUGCGCAAGGCGUGCUUCCACUCGAGCGCGACGACCGCUUCGCCAUCAAGUCUGCAAUUUACUCGGUGAACCAAGCCGCGGUCGUGGCCGAAGGCGAGCAAAGUGUGGUGGCCUACGACUAUGACCGUCUGUGCAAGGCACCGAUGCCCACCGAGAUGCGGCAGUUUGUAGAAGCAUGGGCAUACACGGGCAAGUAG